CAUCACAUUACACACGUACAUCGGCGCGCCAACAGUAUUCCGUGUUCGUUUGAUCCUCUCGGCUGAUUUGCGCGACUAGUUCUACGACAAAACAUCAACAAAUGAUGACAAUGACGUAACCGGAUGUCAUCGAUCUAUUCUGCUUAAUUUACUCGAUGCCGCGACACAGUGUAUUUCCGUCGCGUUCAUGUAUGUACACAGAUCAGCGACGAGAAGAAGACCGGUAAACAGAACAUACACCAGGAAUCCGGCUCUGACAGGUCGACGGACAACUGGGCAGGUCGGGAUCGUACGCUUCCGGAGUGCGCCAGACGGCACACACUGCUCGGGGAUGACGUAACUCGACGGGAAGAGACACGCUUGAGGAACCCAAGGUUUCAAGGUUAUGUCCGUCGUAGGCAUCGUGAGACGGUAGCGAACGCUCGUCGUCGCCGUCGCGACGAGUUCCUGUGAAAGACGUUGUCGUCGUCGUCUCGUUAUUUCAUCUGCUCUCGGCCAUAUACAUGUUUACACGUAUCGUCCAUACUGAUUAUUACGUGUUCUGAUGAGAUUAAGCCGUAUGAUAGUGUCGCAACACAGAGGAAUUACAGAAUUUGAUUGAGAAAAAACGAGAAAAAAACCGGUAACAAAAUGGUCUUCGAAUCUAUUAUUGCGGAGCUCCUUAACAAGGUGAUCGGCGAGUACAUUGAGAAUUUGGAUUAUACGCAGCUUAAAAUCAGUCUCUGGGGAGGCGAUCUUGUGUUAAAUGAUUUGUUGAUAAAAGAGUCUGCGUUAGAUGUGUUGGACCUUCCAGUGAGAUUAGAAUAUGGUCGCUUAGGAAAAUUGAUAUUGAAAAUCCCGUUCAAAGAUAUGUGGAACGGUCAGAUUGAUGCGAUAGUCGAGGAACUGUUUAUAUUGGUAGUGCCUACAAGUCAAGUUUCAUACAAUGAAGAUAAAGAGACGAAAGCGCAGUUGGAAGCGAAACGAGCGGAACUCGCGAGAGUAGAAAAAAGGAAGCAAUUAGCAGAGAUAAAAUCGCAUGAAAAACUGGACGACUCGAUGGUCGAGAAAUUAGUCGCUCGCAUGAUCAAGAACAUUCAUGUGGAGAUCAAGAGAAUUCACGUGCGGUACGAAGACCAUGUUACCUUUAAAGAUCAUCCAUUUUCUUUUGGCUUUACGCUAAAUACCUUCGUUCUCGAGAGUUGUACAGACUCCUGGGAGAUCACUGGCAAUUUGAAGGACAUGUAUGUCAUUCCACAAAUCUUCAAAUUGUGCAAUCUGGAUGGAUUGGCUGCCUAUCUCAAUACAAGCAUGGAACAAUACAGCAAGAACUCGCAGUCCUUGUAUACCAAUCUCUUUUGUAGCGGUAUUGCAACCAUGGACUAUACUCCAACAGGUUACCAAUAUCUGUUAGGACCGAUCAAUGUCAAAUCUAAACUCAGGCUUAAUCCCAAGCCCGAGUCUGACGAUAGUAAUUAUACUAUCCCAAAGGUAUGGUUAGAUCUAGAGAUGCAAAAAUUACGGAUUGGUUUAACGAAGCAUCAGUAUCAGACCUUGGUGCGGUUGGGAGAGGGUUUGGAUCAGGCACGGAAAGCCGCACCAUAUCGAAAAUAUCGACCGAAUUUGACAUCGUAUCGCGGUUACUACAAGGAGUGGUGGCGUUUCGCGUAUACCUGCGUCCUCGAGGAAACCGUGCGACGGUGUCAUCGCAACUGGAACUGGGAUCACAUGAAGCUUCACCGCGAUACUUGCCGCGCCUAUGCCAAGACCUAUCAGACUAAACUGACAACGAAGAAGCUAGUAAAAGAGAUCGAGGAACGAUUGACAGACUAUGAAAAGAAACUGGACAUCUUCAACUUAGUGAUUAUCCGACAGCAGAUCGAGAUGGAAGUUGAGAGACUGGCAAAGCGGGAGAAAACUCUGAAGGCGAAGCAAGGUUGGUUCGGUUUCCUGUGGACCAGUUCGCACGUCGAGCAGACGAAGGAGCUCAACUCUGCUGCGGCCAUCAUGCGCAGGUUCGAGGAGGCGAUGACGCCACAGGAGAAGGAGAAACUCUAUCGGGCGAUUGACUAUCAGGAGAACUCCGCGCCCGCGUAUUAUCCAGAAACAUACGAGAUGAUCGACACACGUUUCCUUUUACAUGGUCUGCAAAUUUCUCUAUUGGACACGGACAAGGAGCAUCCGUGUGUCUUGGACCUGCAGCUACAUGGCGUACGAGCUGGCUUCAAGUCACGACCAUCCGCGAACGCGAUCCUUGUCACUGCCUCUAUUAGUGACAUGAAAUUACUGGGUGCAACACAAAAUGAUCGAAUGCCCUCGCUCUUUAUCCCAGAACAUAGUAGCUCUGACUGCGCUUUGGUGUCAGUCUCGUACGAGAAGAAUCCGCUCGACAAGCUGUGCGGUGACCGUGUAAUCGUCAAAUCCCGAUCCGUCGAUAUCAUCUAUGACGCGCAAACUAUUAAAGAGCUAGUCGACAUGUUUAAGGUACAAGACUCUUCCACGCUGAGUCAACUGCAAACAGCCGCGGCAGAACAGUUGGAAGGCCUAAAGGAAAUGUCAGCACUCGGAUUGGAGUAUGCUAUAGAAAAACAUUCAGUAUUGGAUAUACAAGUGGAUAUGCAGGCAUCGCAACUUAUCAUACCGCAUGGUGGUCUCUAUGAAGACUCGAAAGCAUUGAUCGUUGUGAACCUAGGUAGUCUAAAGAUGCAUUCUUUGGAGAAGGGCAAGAGUGACUUGGUUGGCGUUAGCGUUAGACAAUUGGUUAGCAUGGGCAAGAGCGAGGAGGAAGUAUUGUUGCAUCUAAGAGAGCACAGCUACGAAAAAUUUGUUUUGAAGAUAGUUAACUUUCAGGUAUUGGUCUCGUUACCGAAUGAAGAAUGGCGAUCAGCCUUGACAAAUACCGAGAGUUCUCUGACGUUACUCCAUCCAACUACAUUGGAAAUUCAGUUCCACAAGUGCCUAGUGACGGACGAUCCUUUGUUACCGAAGUUACGGCUCCUCGGUCACCUACCUUCAGUUACAGUGAACAUAACGGAUGUUCGACUGCUUCAGGCGCUCUCAAUCGCGCAGAGCAUUUCUUUACCUGAGGAGGAAAAUCCCGGAGAGUUGCACCAUAUCUCUCUCUCCAAGUCCAUCUCGCAGUUAUCACUGAAGGAACUGGGCACUACAAUAUCUAAUAUCGCUGAUAAAAGAAAGCAGCAGCAAGCAACAGCCAAUGCACCAAUGAAGCAGACUACUGACUUGGAGAUGAAAUUCGAGAUGAAGGAGUUUACGCUGUCACUUUCUAGACAACGAGAUGAUGUCACGAUGCCCUCGGAAUUUAUCAGAUUCCAAGUGCUGCAGCUAGAGGCAGAAAUGUUACAACGUACGUACGAUCAAGAGGUGCAGUUGAGACUGGGUGGCGUGCAGAUGCGGCAACUGUACGAGAAUCAAGAAAUCUUCAUGGUCAAUACGCCGAUGUCGGCCGGCGGAGAUGAGUAUUUGAUCAUCGUGCGAUAUGUAAAUGUAAACAAGCGCUCGCCAGAGUUUAUUACGCGUCACGGUUCUGUCGUGAAACUGCUUCGACUGGAAUUUACCUCACUGGACACAUUGUUACAUCAAGAAGCUCUUAUCGAGCUGCUGCGAUUUAGCACGUAUAUUCAGGACCAAAUGAAUUCGCUCGAAAAUAUUCAGAAGAAGGAAACCGAACGUUUUCGACCGACCCGUUUAACUUCUAUUCAGGAAGAAACUUCUGGUUUUCUCAAAGAACAGUUACAGAAACAAAGAUUGAGACCCACCGGACGACGUAAAAAACGAACCGUUGAGUGCAUCGAUCUAAAAGUAAACGCCAAGAUUGGCUCGAUCAAUCUGAAGAUUUCUAGCGCCACCCGAGACAUUACCGCGUUCUAUAUUAAAGGCAUCAGCGCCAGUUUUCUCAGCAAGUCUUCGUAUUUGCAAGUGAAUGCUGAUCUGACCUCUAUCAGUAUUAAAGAUCUGAAUCCUGUUUCUAUGUACAAGGAUAUAGUGACUGUGGAGGGUACUGAGUCUCUGCAGAUCCAAGUGGUAAUGUAUAACAUCGAGAAAUGGGAAAAGGACAAGAACAACAUGUCUGUUAAAGUGUUGAUGGGUUGUCAUCGUAUCGUCUUUUUGAAUGCAUUCGUCACCAGAGUUAUGAAUUUCCUAAACAACUUUCAAAUGGCGCAGAAAGCUAUCAAAGACGCAUCGACGGCGGCAGCAGAAGCCGCGAAGACCAACAUCAAGGAUGUUCAACAAAGUGCCUCACGCAUCGAGCUAAAUGUUAGGAUUAAUGCACCCGUUGUAUACGUGCCGAUGAGUUCCAAGAACGAGCAUAGCUUAAUGCUAGACAUGGGCAAUCUUAUGGUACAUAACGUCUUCAAAAAAUUGGAUAUAAUGAACGAGGAAAUCGAUGAGUAUCCUGUGGUCGAUGAAAUGAAAAUCGAGCUGCAGAACUUGAAAUUAUCUCGAGUUCGACUGAACACAAAACAAUUCACCAGCGAGAACGAGGUGCUGCUGCUGGAACCAGUAACGUUUACGCUACUAAUGAAACGAAAUCUUUCUACCGCCUGGUUUACUUCUAUUCCGGACAUCGAUAUGUUUGGCAGAUUGAACAAGAUCAAUCUACUGUUGAGUAAAGAGGAUUACAUUACGGUUCUGAAAGUGCUGGAGCAGAAUCCCCCCCGCCAUGAAAUCCGAAUACAAUGGAGAACUUCGGUCUACAAGUACGAGAUCGACGCAUCGCAAGAAAUAUUGAUUGAGACACAGGAACGACACGCUCACACAUCCGUGAAGUUUGAGUUCAUUAUGGAUAGUCUGGUGAUCAAUCUUUUCACCGGCGGUUCUAAGCUAUUGCAGUCGCAGACGUCACCAAUGCACUUGCCCGAGCAUGGAUUGGCCCGUUUCAGUCUCACACACUUUGCCCUGAAAGGCCGUGUGUUCGCAGACGGUUUACUGGCUACGUCGAUUCUUCUAAUGAACUGCACGCUAGAUGACAUGCGGCAGAAUAGAGAGGGCUCGCUGGUGCGAAUCAUGGAAAGGACCAGCAACGUACCGUUGUCAGGGCCAAGCGAGGAUCAUCUCAAUAAAGAACAUGCCAGGAGUAUGUUGGACGUGACAGUGCGCCAAAGCCUCAACGACACGUUCGCCGACGUGCGAGUGUUCUCUUUCAGCAUCAUCGUCUCCCUCGAUUAUCUCAUGAAAAUCAAGGACUUCUUCGAUGUGGAUGAACUGAACAAGACAGUUAGUACUUCCUCUUCAAAAAAUGAAUUAGUGGCACCAAAGAAAAAGCCGGCACAGCAGCAGUUGACCACCUCGACACUCAAAAUGUUAACUGUGAAUCUGCACGUGGAAAAGCCAGAUAUUAUCUUACUCGAAGACAUGGACGAUAUCAAUUCGAAUUGCAUAGUACUGAAUACAGAAUUGUUGCUGAAGGUGCGUAUUAUGGGAGAGCACCAGGUGAUCUCGGGUUCCAUUAAAGAUUUCUCACUACUGGCGGGGAUAUAUAAUCCUGCAAAGAGGGCUGACUGGAUCUAUCAGGUUUUGAGGCCAUGCAGCAUUAGUGUAGCCGGUUCCACGCCAGAGGGAAAAGGGCUCCAUUUAGAAGUCCGUUGCACGGAUAUACACAUGUCUGUUUCGCCAGGUGUGAUCGAAAUAUUGAGUAAAGCCAUUCUCACGGUGACAAGGAAGGAAGAAGAGGAUAAGGAAGUCAUUAAAUCUGAGCCUAAUUAUGAGGGAUUGUGGAUCGUUACACCUUUCGAAGAGAAUGAUUAUUGGUUUUUAAAGACAGAAGUUGCGAUGGAAGCACUCGAAGAGUUUACGUAUCCAGAUGAUGAGAUUGCAGCACCUUAUAAGCCCGAAUUGGCCAUUGUCUCGGCGCCGACGAUUUUGUUCACUCUGGAGGCGGGUGUCGGCAACAAAACUUUGCCAAUGUUACUCCUUCAUGUGGGUUUCCAAAGCAACAUUAACGAUUGGAGUACAAAAUCUAUGAGCAUGGACUGCACGAUGUCGGUGAUCAUGUCGUAUUAUAACAGUCGUCUUGCGUUGUGGGAACCAUUGAUCGAGCCAACAGAAAACUCCACUAAUGGUAAACGUGUCUCAACGCCGUGGGAAUUGAAAACGAAGGUUCAAUUUAAUGACAUAAUGCUAGAUUCUAGAGGCGCUAGCGCGGUCAGCCCUAGCUCGGAGAGUGAAAUCGAAGAAUUACACCAAUCUACCAAGAUGUCUAUCGACAUUACGUCUUUUGAUAAUCUGGAGAUAACUGUCACAAAGACAUGUUUAGACGUACUGAAACAAUUGGGCCAAUCGUUUUCCUCGGCUAUGGAAGCCAACGGGAAAGGACCCACCAAAAAAGUGGCACCGUAUGUGCUGAAAAAUGAGACUGGCCUAGCGAUAAUACUCGAUCUAGAGCACAGUUUCUUCAAGAUUUUUGAUGAUGGCUCGAGAAUAAAAGACCAUAGCGAUUCGUAUAUGGAAGUAAUCCUCGAAACUGGUGCAUCGAUACAGCUUGCACCUAAGACGUCCAAGCUGCUUGACAUGCGUCUGAUUGAGCAGUUGAAAGUGGAGACCGUGAAAGACAGAGAAGACAGUAAAUUCUCCAUAUCUUUUAAAGGCAUUCAAAGCAAAUUGGCGAUACCUGUGUUGAGAGCAGAUAAGAGAUUCUUCUCUUUAAAGCAUCGGAAGGAUGGUUCCGAAGAAUGGGGUAUUGUGUCAGAUAUUAUUGUGGAAGAAGGUAGCACGAUCGUCACUCUGAGAAGCAUUCUUCAGGUCCACAAUCACUUCGCGCAGCCGAUAUCUGUUUAUUAUAUGACAAAGCGUGGAAACGAAGUGGAGUGCGUGGGCACAGUAGCACCGGAUGAGAAACUUAAUUUACCUCUGGAUGCCGUGUACACCCCGACCAACAUUUAUUGGCUGUUUUUCAGCGUCAAUGGAUAUAUGGUGUCAGUCGAACCAUUUGUCUGGAAGGAUCUGCAGAAAACUGUUUCCAUGACGAAAUUAUUGAAAUGCGAAUCGCGAUCUAAGCAAGAUUCUACAGAACCAUUUUAUAUACAGGCUGUGGGAGAGAUCGAGCAGGUGUAUUUUGAGAAUACCACUCGUCAUACCAUGGCUAGUACCGUUUACAAUGUACAUCUAUACCCGUCUGUGUAUCUGAAAAACUUCCUACCGAUCGACAUCAUCAUCUGUUUGCCUGGCACAGUUCAGGAAAACUUGCUCGAAGCAAGUGCCUCUAUACAACUUCCUACGAUUGAUCUAACCAAGUCAAGCAUAAUAAUUAAGUUACCCAAUUAUCUGGAGAAGGAUUGGUCAUGCAGAGGUGAAAUCAUGGCGGAUCCACCAGAGUUCGCGGUUUGGUCGUUUGAGUCUUUCGAUAGCGCGCAAAAAGUGAUUCUGGAUCUUGGAAUGCACACGUCUUACAAACAUGGUUCGAUUAUCAUGGCGCUGUAUUGUCCCUUCUGGAUGCUGAACAAGACUGGUUUAAUGCUGUCCUAUAGAAAAUCAAGUAAGGUUGGCAAAGAGCACUCGAGUCCGAUAAAGAAAUUCGUUUCUGCUAUGAAACCCCAUCGGCAACGCGCACAGUACAGGAAGAGGAAAAAUCGCGCGACAACAGAUGAUUUCUUGAAUAUCUUGUAUCAUCCAGAGCAUUUCAAGGGACCUAUUCUAUUCUCGUUCCGCUCCAAAGCUUUCUUUGGCAAGAAGAAAGCCAUGAUCAGAGUGGAAGACGGAGAGUGGUCCGACAAAUUCUCCAUCGAUGUCGCGGGUAGCGAGGGUGUGGUGGCCUGUAAAUACAAUGGAAUGAUAUAUCAGAUCGGAGUACACAAUCAGCUGACAUACAACUCGUUGACCAAGCAGAUCACGUUUACUCCGUACUACAUACUUAUCAAUAAUGCAGAUUUCCUUAUAGAAUGCCAGGAGGGUGACCGACCAGCUGAUCCGAUGAUCAAAGUGCCUCCUAAUGAAUGCGCGGCUCUGUGGCCUCGAACCGAACAUGAUAACAAAACUCUGAAAGCUAAAGUCGCAAGUCAACCUGAGAAAACCGCGGCGUUUAUUUAUACCGACAGUCACACAACUCUGCUGAAAUUGGACAAUAAGUACGGAGGAAUCAAUGUAGACGUCCAAAUCAACGAGGGCGGCGUUUACAUCUCCAUGUCAGCUUACGUCCCAGGCAACGCGCCAGCUAUGAUUAUCAACCAUACGCCGCAUACUAUUAAUCUAUGGGAAAAAGGUUCUCUCAACGUCAGAUCCGUGCAGUCAUACAAUAGAAUGUUUUAUACCUGGGAAAAUCCGGCAGGAUCACGAAAACUGAUGUGGGAAGAUAACAAUGACAAGGAAAUCGAGGAUAAUCUUCGCAAAGAUAAUCUUGGCACCUUCCAACUAUCGGAAAUAGACGAGAAACUGUUUUAUGUUUCGUUCCUAGACGGUACUCAGAGAGUACUGCUGUUUACUGCAAAUUUGAAGAUUGCUGAAGAUUGUCAACUGGCUGGUGAUCUAGAAAUAAUUGAUCAAGAAAUCACGUUGAACAUUCACGGCAUUGGAUUUUCUCUCGUGAAUAACAUCACCAAGUCCGAAUUGUUGUACAUGUGCAUCGCCAGCUCAGGGAUCAUAUGGGAGACGCGUAAGUCCAUCGGCGGUCGAUGGCGAGCGUUAAGUGCUAAGGAAGUCAACGCUAUCGAAGAGGGAUAUCAACGAUACAUUAGGGAAUUGCAAAUCGGCAAAAUGGAUGCGGACUAUCGGAUAAUGUUGGACCCAAAACUAAUGGUGGAUUAUCUGAAUAUGGAAAUGCUAAGGCCGCAUCGUAGAUACAUGAGACGCACCUUUCAGACUGGGCUUUGGCUGCAAUAUCGUACCUCAGCACAUCAAGUACAGCUACAUGCAAAGAUCAACAAACUUCAGAUUGACAAUCAAUUGUCAGAAUGCGUCUUUCCAGUUAUAUUAGCUCCAGUGCCACUGCCAAAGAGCGUCACGCAGAGUACAGUCAUGAAACCUUUUGCGGAGCUAAGUAUGGUCAAACGCCUAUUGGAGCACAGCUCUGUGCAACAAUUCCGAUACUUCAAAGUUCUCAUACAAGAAUUUCAUAUCAAGGUGGAUAUUGUCUUCAUAAACGCGAUAAUGGGCUUACUUGAGGCGAAUGAGGUCAACGACACGGAAGAGAGUGCUUUAUUCUGUAAAGACAUGAAACUAGUCGAUGAACCAUUAAUGUACCACGUCAAUUUGAUCACCACGGCCGAACAGAAGAACUUUUUCGAUCUACUGCACUUUUCGCCUCUCAAGAUACACAUCAGUUUUUCAAUGACCGGAAGCGGAGGAGGGCCCUCCGCGUUGCCGCAAGUAUUGAAUGUGCUUUUGCAAGGAAUUGGAGUGACGCUGACAGAUAUUAACGACAUUGUGUUCAAAUUGGCAUACUUUGAGAGAAAUUACGUGUUCAUGACGCAUAAGCAGCUCGUCUCCGAGGCGAGCACUCAUUACGCGGGUCAGGCAAUUAAACAAGCCUACGUACUCGUGCUAGGACUCGAUGUGAUCGGUAAUCCAUAUGGACUUGUGAUCGGAACUAUGAAGGGUAUCGAAGAUCUGUUCUACGAACCCUUCCAAGGAGCCAUACAGGGCCCAGGAGAGUUUGCGGAGGGCCUGUUCCUCGGAGUGCGCAGCAUGUUAGGCCAUACCGUCGGCGGAAUGGCAGGCGCUGUAUCGAAGAUUACAGGAGCAAUGGGCAAAGGUAUAGCUGCUCUAACUUUUGACAAAGAUUAUCAGCGAAAGAGACAAGAACAGCUCACUAAACAGCCCGCCAACUUACAAGAAGGUCUUGCACGAAGCGGAAAGGGUUUAGUAAUGGGUGUAGUCGAUGGUGUGACUGGUGUGGUAAUGAAACCUUUAUCAGGAGCGAAAGAGGAAGGAGUAGAAGGAUUCUUCAAAGGGUUUGGAAAGGGUGUUGUUGGACUUGUCACUAGGCCUACUGCUGGUGUUAUUGAUUUUGCAAGUGGUUCCUUUGGAGCAGUUAGACGAGCUACUGAAUUAAAUGAGGAAGCAAAGAGAGUACGAUCGCCCAGAUUUCUGCAACCGGAUAGUCUCGUUAGGCCAUAUAUAAAAGAUGAAGCCGAAGGCAACAAAAUAUUGAUAGAACUAGAAAAGGGGAAAUAUGCGCAUACGGACGUUUAUGUCUAUCAUGUGUUCAUCAAUAAAGACGUGCUUUUACUCACCGACAAAAGAUUAUCGUACCUUGAACGUAGUGAUUUGUUCGGUGGUUGGCGGGUUGAUUGGAGUCACACUUGGAACGAACUUAGCGAAUCGGCAAAAGUCGUAGAGAAAGGUGUACAGAUUUUUAUUAAGGAUACUAGUAAGAAAAAGAAACUCGGCCUAUUCGGCAAUACAUCUCAAUCAAAAAUACUUUUAAUAACAGAUUUUAAUAUUAAACAGUUAUUGUGCAGUAAAAUACAGGAACAAAUUAAUCAAUCCGGAGCAUAACGCGCAAAUGUGAAA